AUUGUAUGUAUACGGAAGUAGGCAGUUGGGUAACAACAUGACAGUAUCGCAUCUGUGUGCAGUUUCUGUGUUCGCUUGCAGAGGUUAAACGACCUGUACACAGUAGUACUCCAUAAAUUAAUUUACGCAGAAUGGUCAAUAUCGGGCUAAGGAAGGUCGAUGACGCGGUGGCCGCAAAACACCCGGGUUUGCAACAGUAUAGCGCCUGUCAGUCUCACGCCUUCAUGAAAGGGACGGGUACAUUUGUACUGGGCACGGGGCUUCUCUUGUCUCUACAGUACAUGCUGCAGAAGAAGCUUCCGUACCCGUCGCAGUGGAGCCUCCUGCUGUCUGUAGUGACUGGGUCAGUGUGCAGCUACGCAGUGACACGCAGCGAGACCCAGAAGUGCUCUGACCUGUGGAUGUACUUAGAGACAGGAAGUGUUCCCGACAGAACACCACACACAGAGGAACCAGCUCAGCCCACAGAGCCCUCUGGCCCGAGAACCACACAGUAUGGGGAUGUGAUGGAGUGACUGACUGCCCCCCCUCAUUCCCACACCCUCCUUAUACAUACACCAGCAUCACUCACAACAUAGAGCUGGUGCUAAACUUCACUAAAGCAUUGGCAGGAGCUUAUUUAUACAUUAUUAAAUUUUACUGAAUGCUAUUUCUCUGAAAUACACAAUGUUUCACCCCCACAAUAUUUGUGUAGAGUUUGAAUCUACUUUUUCAAUAAAAAACAAACUGAAGACGGGACGUUCAUUUCAUAUCCUCAAAAUAAAAAAAGAUGUUUACGUGUUAA